AUGCUCCUGCGGCCGCUGCUGGCGCUGUGCGCGUGCCUGGGGCUUUCGCAGGGCCUGGGCUCCUGGGUGCACUGCGAGCCUUGCGACGAGAAGGCCCUCUCGCUGUGCCCCGCCAGCCCGGCGGGCUGCGAGCUGGUGAAGGAGCCCGGCUGCGGCUGCUGCCUGACCUGCGCCCUGGCGGAAGGGCGGCCGUGCGGCGUGUACACCGAGCGCUGCGCCCAGGGCCUGCGCUGCCUGCCCCGCCCGGGCGAGGAGAAGCCCUUGCACGCCCUGCUCCACGCCCGGGGCGCCUGCCGCAGCGAGAAGACCUACCGGGAGCAAGCCAAAAGCGAAAGGGAAUCCCGAGAACAUGAGGAGCCAACCACAUCAGAGAUGGCAGAGGAGACCUACUCAUCUAAAAUGUACAGGAGCAAGUCCCAUGGGCGCCUCUCUGAUCUGAAGGUUGAAGCCCUGAAGAAGGAUCGCAGGAAGAAGCUAACUUUAUCCAAGUUUGUUGGUGGGGCAGAAAACACAGCACACCCUCGGGCUACCGCCCCUGAGCUGAGACCAGAAUUUGAACUGGGCCCUUGCCGUAGACAGAUGGAGGCAUCCCUGCAGGAGCUUAAAUCUAGCCAGCGAAUGAUCCCCCGGGCUGUCCACCUUCCCAACUGUGACAGGAAAGGAUUCUACAAAAGGAAACAGUGCAAACCAUCCAAAGGUCGAAAACGUGGGCUCUGCUGGUGUGUGGACAAGUAUGGACUGAAGCUGCCAGGAAGUGAUUAUGUAACCGGAGACCUCCAAUGUCACAGCUUUGACAGCGGCAACACUGAAUGAAUGUCCCUCUUGCCUCUCUCUGCCAGAGCCUUUCUCUAUCCCCAACCUACACCUCACAACGGCCCAGGAGACUGAUUCCUUUAAUCUCAUUUAAGAAUCUGAGGACCUCGGAAUCGACAACACAUUAUCUACUCCUCUUAAUAGCAAAAAAGACUAAAAAAGAAAA